AUGGAUUCGGCUCUGUUGUCUCAACCGGCGCCGUCGCAUUCGAACACCACUGCGGCUUCCACCCGCCAACGAAUCCUGUUCGAUUCACUCAACACCACUCGCAAUGAGACAAAUACACAUAUCGACAGCGAAAGACCUUAUACGGCGAUAGAGGAUACCUCUGCUGGUCAGAGAUCCAACGGUCGUCGGGAUCAUGGAUUAUUCAGAAAUCGCGCUGAGCGUCUGGCAACCAGGAUACCUAUGCUGUCGCGAACUGAACCAGCCGGCUCCCAGUACUCGCCUGGCAGGUCGUACGUCCAGAUUGAUAUGCAGUCGGUAGCGACAGAGAACCAUUGGGGUGAUAGGGCACCAUCGUCAUCGAAUGGAGCUUCAAGAGAAAGAGAGCGUACUGAGAGAGCGCAUGACAGACGGUCACGGAGAAGGCAGGAAGAACAGCCCGUACUUCACGAACGGUCAUGUUCCUCUAUUCUCAAAGCAAACCAUCUCCGAAGGAAGCUGUUCACCUUGGCCACGGCCGGUCUGUUCUUCAUCAUCGUUCUCGCCAUCUAUGUUGCUUUCACCGCGUCUCAUGCAAAGAUGGGACGGGAACUCCAUAUCCUUUUGAUCUUCAUGCUUUUGAUCCUUGCGAUUGUAUUCUGCCACUCGUUUGUCCGGUUUGUUUUGGCCAUCGCCCGAGGGCCUACCAACAGGAGUCGCAUUCCAAGUCGAUCAGGGCCCCGGGGAUACGCUGAGCCAGAUCGGCCGAUUCCCGUUGUCCUUGCAGCCGAUGAGGAGAUUAUGGCUGAAGGUGCCCGUGAGAAACUCGCAAGUCCGCCUCCGGCAUAUGGACUCUGGAGGAGCAGUGUGAGAAUCAAUCCCGACCUGCUGUACUGGCAACGCGUAAACGAGUCAUCAGCACCUCGAAGAACCCCAAGCGGAAAGGUCACAAAUCAACGACCCCCGAGCUAUGCGUCCGACGAUGGUGUCGAUUACGUGGUCGAGGCACAACCACGAUCGUUUGUGCCGAAUCGAGGGCAGCCCGGCCCAAGUCGCAUUCCUGAGAUCUCGGAACUUCCAUAA